UUCACAACCUGCUCGCAAUUAUGAGUUACUUGUGUACUUGUCUGAUUUGGUCUGGUUGUGACUCUGUGUAAGAUAAUUAGGAUAUUUUUUACACCGUGGAUUGUAAUAACUACUCAGUCUGUCAUGUAUUCAGAUAAUUUAAUUGCCAGUAAUCCUUCAACUCUGGCUCGCCGGUACAAAUAAUUUGCGCCUCCGGAAAGCAUACAUUAGGUGGGCAAUGACGAGACAAGAAGAAAUUGGAUUUUUAUGUUGACAUUUGUUCCCCAAUUCUUUGGGUUAUAAUACAAUUUACAGAAGGAAAGAAAGUGAAAUUUGUCAUGUAAAUAAUGCUGGAACAAUUUGGAAGUGAUUCAAAAUUCCAUACUAGAUAGUGUUGGUAUAAGGUGUUAUAUCUAGUGGCGUGUCCUUCCUCCUGCUUAGAAUGUUCCGAUCUGCUACCGGACAGACAACUAGGGGUUCAGUACCCAAAGGUAAAGAAAAUAAGUCUUCCAAAGCUGACUGCUGUUCUGCUUCAUUUACAUCAGAAGAUAUGGAGAUUGAUAAUUCACAUACUGUGCUACAAAAAAUAUCAAUGCUGUAUAUGGAAAGACAAAUGAAUGACAUAUGUCUCAUUGUUUCUGGAGUAGAAUAUCCAGCUCAUCGACUGAUUUUGUGUGCAUCUAGCGAGGUAUUCCAGGUAAUGCUUAUGAAUCCAGAAUGGAGUGAAUCUCAAGAGAGUAGAGUUGUUCUUCAAGAAACACCAACUUGUGCAGCUAUAUUUGGAGAUUUUCUGCAAUAUUUUUAUACGGGCCGUAUCCGCAUCAAUCAUGCAACUGUUAUGCCAGUUCUCUCACUAGCUGACAAGUAUAAUGUCAAGGAUCUAGUCAAGUUAUGUGUAGAAUAUAUGUGUAUGCACAUUGCUCAUGCAGCUUCCAAUAAUCAGUUAGUUUCAUGGCUCCAAUAUACUUUGGCAUGUGGGCACUAUGAUGUAGCUCAGGUCUGUCAGAACUUUGUGAAGUGGAAUUUUGAAAUGGUGGCUGAAGCAUCUGAUUUUGGUAAUUUUGAACCAGACGUUUUUAUUAACAUAUUGAAACAAAAUGACUUGGUUGUUCAUGAUGAAACCAUACUAUACAAUUGUGUUGUGAAGUGGUUGGAUAUUCAACAAGAGCGGGUUUUGAUGAACGAAGAAAGUGCUAAAUAUAUGGAACAUCUUGUAAUGAAUGUUAUGGCUUAUAUUCGCUUUCCCAUGAUGUCUCCGCGGCAACUUGCAGAGUUAUUACUUUCUCCCCUAACUAAAAUGUAUAAAGAAUUUUUUGUGGAACGAAUGGCUAUUGGAAUGUCCUUCCAUUCAGGUCAUAUUGAACAUUUGAGUGAUGUACUGCAACAAAAUGGAGGACAUCUACUUUUCACACCUCGUUUAUAUACUGCUGAUACAUGGAGCACCUUACUUAGUGUUGAAAACUUUUCCUCUUUACCACCAUACCAUGCAAGAACUCUUGUUUUCUCUAGUCAUUCUUCACUGGCCGAACAUACCGGUGAUCAUACUUGUGAAUGGGUUGUGGAUCUUUAUCCAAAAGGUGUUUGGUUUAAAAAGUUUUAUUUAAUUGUGUGGCAGGGAACUGUUGAAGUUCCCGAGUGUGUGUUACGUACAGUUCGAUUAUCUGUGAUGUGUAAAGAUCCUUUGCCGCCUCCUGAUAUGCGGGUGGAAGUAGGAAUUUUAAUUAGAGGUGUUCAGGAUGGUGUUGAACAUGUGAUGACUGUAAUAAGAAGAUGUCACUGUUUUAGUCAAGAAGAUAAAAUUCUUAAUUUUGAUGAUCUUUUAGAAUUUGAUGAACUUAAUCAUUUAACUGGUAAUAAUAGCAUUAGUCCCUACUUAGUUGGAAAGCAUAGAGAUGUUCUUAAAGUACAUAUUGUCAUAGCUCCAUUAAGUAAAUUGAGUAUUUCAACAGCAGUAAAGUAACAAAAAUUGGUACAUACAAUCUGUGAUUAUCUAGGCAACAGUACCUGUAAGUUCAGGAUUGGCAACAUGAAUUGAAAAUGCACUGCUGUGUACUUAUUCAUUAUAUUAAUAACUCUUAAUGGUAAGUACCUUGAGGUUGAAUUGGAGAUAUGUACAGUAAGAUUUUUAUUUAGUUGUCAUCUUAAAAAUUCAUUUCUUCAAAAGGUAUUUUUUGACAAAAGCAAAAUAUAUUACGUGUGUUGUAAAUAAGUGUUUUAGAUUUUAUAAAGAAAGGAGCCUCUUAUGAUUGAAUAUGGAAGUGGAAAUGUAAUUUGUAUUUAUCCGCUUCUAUAAAAAAUUAAUUAGAUGUACACAAUUUGUUUCACAAGUGCCUAACAACUUGCACUUAAGAGACUAUUGUACCGGUAUAAUAGUUCCUACAAGUGUAAACUACAAAUCAUCUUGCUGAGACAUACCUGUGCAUUUCUUUUUAUAAAUGCAUGGCAGUUACAAUUCAUCCUCCAUUAACAUAAAAUGCUGGUUUUCUAGAUUAUGGUUUGUGAAUUUAGUAUAUUUGAAAUGAAACCAGUUUUCACUUUGAUCCACAGAAAUAAAAUGUAUUAAAUAAAUUACAUUCCAGUAUAAUCUACCUACUUUGUAACAUUUCCCUGUACCCUUUGUAACAUUGCUCUAUAAAAUUCAGUUACUCCAUGUUGUUUUUUUGAAAAAUAUAUUAAUU